AUGGCUCUACUCAUAUUCAUGAUUAUUGCUCUGAUAAUUUACUAUCUCUACACCCAAACACGACAUACUGACAAAGUAACCGGAGUACCAUCUCCCCCCGGUUUGCCUCUAAUCGGAAAUACUCUACAACUGUCGUCUCAACCACACCGUCAAUUUCUGAAGUGGGCCCGCCAGUAUGGUGAGAUAUACCGCGUUCGCUUGGGGCUGAUGGACUGGUUCAUGCUCAAUUCCCCCGAAGCGAUUAAAGAGAUACUUGACAAGCAGUCCGGCCUGACUUCGUCGAGACCCCCAAUGCCUGUUGUUUCCGAUGCUUUAUCCGGUGGCAUGCGGUUUCUUUUUAUGCCCUACGGCAAAGAAUGGCGACGUUCACGGGCCAUCAGCCACAGAUUGUUGACGCCUCGGAUGGCAGAAACAUUUCAGCCCUCCCAGGAAUUUGAAGCCAAGCAAUUAAUGCAUGACUUGUUGACACAAAAUGCCAGCAUGUCCGAGUUCUAUAUGCAUAUACGACGAUAUACUGUAUCUGUGCUUAUGACUUCAACCUAUGGGAAAAGGAUACCGCAAUGGGAGUGUGAUGAAGUACAGGGCAUAUACCGUAUUCUCAAAGACUUCUCUUAUGUAUCUACCCCGGGACGUUACAUCGCCGACGGCGCACCCGGAUUAGCCAAACUGCUUCCAGACCAAUUGCAAUGGUGGCGCCGAUCACUUGGGCCGAUGCUAUCUCGGCAAAAGUCCAUUUGGAUGGGUUUUUGGUCUUGUUUGAAGGAACAAAUGAACAAAGAGAACGCGCCUGAGUGCUUUGUCAAGCAAUUCAUCCAGUCAGAGUAUGAUAAACUAGGAUUUACAGAGGUGCAAGCGGCAUUUCUGGCAGGGUCGCUAAUAGAAGCCGGUGCGGAAUCCACUUCGGCGGCAUUAAACAGUUGCAUGCUCUAUCUCUCAGGCUAUCCCGAGGUUCAGCGACGUGCGCAUGAAGAACUUGAUGCAGUCGUAGGCAGUACGCGUUCUCCGACGUUCAGUGACAUGGAAAAUCUUCCCUACAUCCGAGCUAUCGCCAAGGAGAUUCUGCGUAUCCGUCCUCUUGCUAGCAUGGGCAUACCGCAUUAUGCCAUAGCAGAUGUCAAUUACAAGGGAUAUACAAUUCCCAAAGGCAGUGUUAUCGCCAUACAGCAAUAUGCCAUCCACCACGAUCCGAGCAUUUUCCCAGACCCAGAGGUUUUUAAGCCGGAACGAUAUUUAGGCCAUCCACACAGAUCUGCUUUUUAUGCAGCCUCCGCAAACCCACGUGAGCGUGACCACUGGAACUUUGGAGCUGGCCGCCGCAUUUGCCCUGGUAUGCAUCUUGCAGAAAAUAGCCUCUAUAUCACGAUUGCCAAGAUAUUAUGGGCAUUUCAAGUGACGGCUCCUGGAAAAGUGGAUCUGUCAGACAAUGCUUAUGAGCCUGGCUCGAUGACUGUCGCAAAGCCAUUCCUUGCGCAAUUCAUUCCGCGGAGUCAAGUCAUUGAGAGAACUUUGAAGAUGGAGUGGCAGAAUGCAGAGCUCGAAAAUGAUAUAUCGUGA